UAGCUUGCUGGCCUCGCGAAUAGACUUUGACGCAGAUAAACGCGGUGAGACUGAACUCAGACUCUUAUAAAGACUUUUAAAACGGAUAAAAACAGUUGCUGUAUCUUUGUGGCGCGUUUAUCCAGUAAAGCGUGUGUUUGUUGCCUCGGACGGUUUAAACACUUCGGUGGUUCGUGUUUUGAUGCUAGUCGGUAAACGGGCAUAAAACGUCUGUAGCGGUGAUGAAGUCGCUUGCAGCGGCAGAUACACGGUUGAAUCGGGACUACCUCGCAUCUCCCCGGUAGAUGAAUAUGUGUAACCGGAGUUGGCUUCACCCAGUGAUCCGUUAGCGCCCUAUGGAGCGGGCUGACCGGGGGAAAGACAGCAGGUUGCUGAAGAACCAGCCGUACGACAAGAGCCUGGAGGUGAUCGACUCCGAGGAGGUCGCGAGCGUCUACAGCCCGACUCCCCGCAGCCAGCGUUAUAAGUCACAGCAACAUAGGAGCAGCACUCGGAGCAGGAUGGAGGAGCAGCGGAGCAAAAAGGUCCCCAGAAGAGAAGCAGCAGGCUCGUCCUCUCAGAAACGGAGCAGAAGAGAGGGACUCAAAAGUCACAGCUGUCAGCACUGUGACAAGUCCUUCACAACAUCUGCAAAUUUAAAGUGUCAUCAGAGAGUUCACACUGGAGAGAAACCUUACAACUGUGACCAGUGUGGGAACGUUUUCUCUACAUCGAGCUACCUAAAAGUUCAUCAACGUAUUCACUCCGUAGAGAAACCAUUCAGUUGUGACCAAUGUGGGAAAGCUUUCACGAAUUCAAACAACCUUAAAAUUCAUCAACGCAUUCACACGGGAGAGAAACCAUACAGCUGUGACCAAUGUGGGAAAGCUUUCUCCUUUUCUGGAAACUUAGUUAUGCACCAACGUGGUCACACUGGAGAGAAACCGUACAGCUGUGACCAAUGCGGGAAAGCUUUCACCUUUUCUGGAGACUUAAUAAUGCACCGACUUGUUCACACUGGAGAGAAACCAUACAGCUGUGACCAAUGUGAGAACGCUUUCACCUCUUCUGGAAACUUAGUAGUGCACCGACGUGUUCACACCGGAGAGAAGCCGUACUGGUGUCAGCAAUGUACGAAAAUGUUCAUCUCCAGUAGAGCAUUGAAAAUACAUCAAUUUGUUCACACUGGAGAGAAACCAUACAGCUGUGACCAAUGUGAGAACACAACAGUCAGUGAAUCAGUGGAUUUCUACAAUAGAACACUGAGCAAUAUCCUGGAUCUCCACGCUCCGGUGAAAACUCGGACAAUCACCUUCUCACGCUCAGCCCCCUGGUUCACUUCAGAGCUACGGAACAUGAAGGCAGCUGGGCGUGUAAUGGAGAGGCGUUUCACAAAAUCUAGACUCAGUGUUCAAAGAUUAGCCUUUCAAGAACACCAAAAAGCCUACUCAGUCACUCAGAACUGCACAGACACAGUUCUACUCCAAUAUCAUCAAUAAAAACCCUGGAAACUCCAAGCAGUUGUUCUCCACCAUAAGUCAUCUCCUCAGGCCACAAACUCUUUCACACACCGACACCACAGAAGAGCAGUGCAAUAGCUUUAUUACUUCCGCUCAGUCUGUCCCUGCUGUCAACCCACAGCCUGGGAUUUUCCCGCCUCUACGUGUCUUCUCUGAGAUCUCUCAGCAAGAGGUUGAGGACGUCAUCCGCAGGAUGAAACCUUCCACCUGCGCACUGGACCCUUUUCCCACAGCCCUGGUAAAGUCCAACAUUUGUGCUCUAAGCCCCCUGAUCA